GUGGGCGGCGCCUUUCCACGGCCCAGCAGGCAGGAGAGGGCGAUGGCGCUUUCGGCGGCCUCGGGUGCCGCGAGCAGCAAGCUCUGGAGGCUGAGCAACUUCCUCAUGGCCGCCUUCUUCGCGCUAGCGGGGGCUGUGCAGGUCAAUGACCCUGAUCCAGGAUUUUGGAUAGUUGCCUACGCUGUGCCUGCAGCUCUCACACUGGCUGUCAGUCUUCAUCCACCAGUUGCUGGUAACAUUUUAUGGAGGAGUCUGUUAGAUCUUCACUUAGCUGCUUGUGUUGUUGGUUCUGCCAUUUUGGGGUAUUCUUUGUCGGCUAAUGCUCGAAAGAACAUCUUACAUGAAGAAGAAGGCAGAGAGCUAUUCGGUCUGUUGAUCGUUACAGUCUGGAUGAGCCUGUGUCGUUCAGCAAGCAACAGAUUAACACAACUAACUCCUCUGGAUCGAUGACUGUUGUAAGAGAGGCAUCUAAGAUCACAACCAAGCUCUUGAUAGCUGGCUUUGUUGUCAAAAGCACAUCGUCAAGUGCUGGGAGUUGGCCUCCCACCCCGGCAUCCCCUCAGCCCAGCCACAGGACCUCCAUCUUCCAUGGAUUCAGUUUCGUCUGGCUGUGUUUCAGCCGCAGCUCCCAGCCACGUAGACCAAUUAUCUGGGGCCCUGUCCAGUGCUUAAAACCAAAUCUCAGUAUGAACGAGCAAGGUCCAGCACAAUCUCUUGUGAUUCUGGAGUGGGAAUUCCGUUGCAGAAGGUCGGAGAGGAAUAGGAAAAAAGAGGAGGCUAAUGCAAGGGCUCAAGACAGCAGCAGGCUGAAGACCUGUUUACUGCCUAGUAAAAAUGGCAAUCUCUUUCAAUCUGAAAAUUAGCACAAUUCUUUUUGAACGGAGGUAAUUCUGUGCUUAAGAUUUGAAAUAGCAGGGCAAUUCAUAUGCCCUGUGUUGACUGCAACCCCACCACUAACAUUUCUCUACACUCGUAAGCCUAAUGUACAGUUAGAAUUCAGCAAGAAAAGUGAUGAAGCAAUUUCAAAAAAAUCAGACGAGAGAUGUUUUCUAGGAAUUCAUCCUAAAUCUUUUUGAAUUAAUACCAGUAAGUUUCUUGAUUAUGUACAUAUUCCUUCAAUCCAACCAAGCUAACUAGAGGACUGGCUGGGAGGUACUUAUGGCCUGCUUCUAAGCAUAAUUUAAAGAUCAAAACUGAUAAUGGGAUAUCCUAUAUUCUAGUAGAUCAGACAGUCAUAAAUCACUUCUGCAGCAUAGUUUCACUGAUUUCUAGCCUCAGUUGUGCCCUCAAGUUAUUUUAUGCAAGGUAAAUAAUACUUUGCAUUCGAUCCUCCUCUCAGGAUUUGAUUUGCGAUUGAACUACCCAUGCUGGAUCUUUCUUUUCUUCUCUUCCAGAAAAACCCUUGGUGGAGUUCAUCUAGCUGUUGUAAUUUUUCUCUCAUUUUUCCCCUUUCUAAUGUGGCUGUACAUCUAUGUAAACUCAGAGAUGCGGGCAUCCUGGCCAUCUCACUGUAAAACCCUUAUUUAAGGCGGAAAUGAGCAGAAUUCUGAUGCCCAUGAAUGAUUAAUCAGCGAUACUAAUCAACAGGAACUGCAGCAGUGACCAAAAUCAGUUAAUUCCUGUGUACGUUAAGAUACAUAGGCCAGGGUUAUAUGUUAAUUGCAGAGUCCUGGUACCUGUGAAUGGACCAAAUAUGACAAAGGAUACAUCUGCGGAAGUUGAUGGAACCCAGAGGUGGUUUGAGCUUUCUGUUUAAGCUGGUGGAAUUCAAGAUGAACAUUGCCUCGAAGGACAAUGAUGAUUGUGUUUGUUAGUGCAGUAUAAAUAAAUGUACUAAUGACUGAA